CGUCCGAAGAACAAAUGGCGAAUGAAUAAUCUGCCACGCUGUCAAUUCCCUAUACUUAUCAGGCGGAAAAGAAGAAACAUUUACCUCAGAGACAAGAAGAAUAGAAUAACUUCCUUCUCUCGUAAAGUGGGUGGCAUCUGGUUGAGGUCUGGCAAUUUUAGCGAUAGAAAGGCUGCGGUUAUAUAUUUCAAAAUAAGGGCCUUUGUAUCGUAAAUUUAUUUUGGUUAGAUAAUUCGGAGUAUUUGGCUGUAAAUACAUUAUUUAUUGAGGCUUGGGAGUUAAACUCAUUCGGAUUCAAUUUAUUGCAACCAAAUAGCAAUAAGCAAUAACUUUAGCAAUAAACAAUGGGGAAUAAACCAUUGCACCCGCUUGUUCUAUGCUCUGGACUGGCCUGUAACUUGCUGUCAUCAAUAUGCAUAGUUUUUGUCAACAAAUGGAUUUAUGUCCACUAUGGAUUCCCAAACAUGACACUGACCUGCCUCCACUUCAUCGUGACAACCAUUGGGCUUCAGAUCUGCUCAUUCUUUAAUGUAUUUCAUCCGAAAAGUUUGCCAAUAAAAAGCAUGAUCCCUUUAUCCUUGUCGUUCUGUGGCUUUGUUGUGCUGACAAACUUGAGCCUUCAGUAUAACACUGUUGGCACAUACCAACUCAUAAAAACAUUGACUACACCGUGCAUAAUAUUUAUUCACACACUGUUUUAUGGAAGAAGUUAUUCAACAAAUAUUAAGUUGACUCUGAUACCAAUCACAUUAGGUGUAUUCUUGAAUUCUUAUUAUGAUGUCAAGUUCAACCUAAUUGGAACAGUAUUUGCAGGAACUGGUGUUCUGGUCACUUCCUUGUACCAAGUGUGGGUUGGUACCAAGCAACAGGAAUUUGGAGUGAAUUCUAUGCAAUUAUUAAACUACCAAGCUCCUCUUUCUGCUGUCAUCCUGCUUGUUAUGAUACCAUUUUUUGAACCAGUCACUGGAAAAGGUGGUGUUUUAAGUCACUGGCCAGCAGAAGUUGUGGGAUUGGUAUUUCUCUCUGGUGUUAUUGCAUUCUCAGUUAACUUGACAAUAUUUUGGAUCAUUGGCAACACCUCACCAGUCACCUAUAACAUGGUUGGUCAUAUGAAGUUUUGCAUCACUCUAAUUGGAGGUUACCUUUUGUUCAGCGAUUCAAUGAAACCUCAUCAGUUUCUUGGUGUGUGCAGCACUUUCUUUGGCAUUACUCUCUACACAUAUCUAAAGCUGGAAGAGCAGAAGACACCCAAAAGAAUAAUUAACAAAAUAUAGCUCUAAAGACAGUUAGAAAACAAAUUAUAGGCAAUAAUAGUAAGAAAGUUUUGAAGUUGCUUCUGAGGAAGCUUCAGCUUCGAAGUCACCUUUGGUCUAAAUUAUUUUAUCAUAAUCAAGUCUAUUUAUUUUAAUAAAUAUCAAUAUGAAAUAGAUUUUAAUAUUGAUUAGUUUGAUAACCA